AUGGAACUCAUCUGCUGCUAUCAGACUCUCUGGAGGAACCUGCCCGAGUCAGUCCGGGAUGGCAAAAGCGCAAACUGGAAUUCCAUAAUACAGCGUACCCGCCAGCGGAUCAACGAUGUCACCCCCUCGAUGUCUCAGCUGAUACCCUCGGAUUCAUCACAGCCGGCACUGAUGGACCCGGAGUCCCACAGAGAGAUAUCAUAUACCCUAGUUCAGGAGGUAGUGAAGGCGUUUGACCUUGGUUUAGAGUGUUCGCAUAGAAAGCCACGGGUGGUAGUUGUUCUGCCCAAUGGCCCUUGCCUCGCCUUGGCUGCUCUGGCCGUAGCAAACCGCUACACCUUCGUGCCGAUGACUAGCGCAGUAGCACCUGAUCAGCUCAAGAAGGAUAUAGAGGCCGUAGAAGCAGACGCGGUCCUGAUCUUGGACAAGGAUGUGCAGAAGUUCGGCCUCAAACUGGACCUGUCCAUCUUCGCUGUCCAUAUCCAAGAGGACCUGACCAUCACUACAUCCUGCGUGAAGCGAUCAGAUAGAGCAGGUUGCUCCCGCGCAAGCCCAAAUGGUCCGGAAGACCUUGCGAUGGUCUUGUUUACGAGCGGCACUAGCGGUAAGAAGAAGCUUGUUCCAAUCACAAUGAUGAACCUGCUGGCGAGCGCAAUCUUGACGGGGGAGAGCUUGGGCUUGAAUGCUACAUCUCGCUGUCUCAAUAUGAUGCCCCUACAUCACAUUGGGGGCCUAAUUCGAAGCGUUUGGGCUCCUUUAUUUGCCGGCGGAACAACCAUCUGCUGCCCGUCUUUCGAUCCGACUCAGUUUUGGACCGGUGUCAAGGAUUGGCAGCCAACCUGGUACUAUGCCACGCCGACUAUGCACCAGAUGAUACUAGCACAAGCCAAGUACCACGCGGACACUGUGAAUCAAAGCUCGAUCCGUUUCCUCCACAAACUAUUCAAGUGCAAUGUGUUUCCUAGCUAUGGGAUGACGGAGUGUGCACCCAUUGCAGCACCACCACUAAGCUACAAUCUUGAGCGAAUCGGGUCGUCCGGCCUCCCCGCCGGACCGGAUCUGGGAAUCUUAGAUAUCAGCCAAUCUGAGCAGCGCUGCCCUGCAGUUUUUCCUGGAUAUUUAACAGCCCAGGGAAUCAAUAAGGGCUGUUUUGAUACAUUUGGCUGGUUCGAUACAGGGGACCUCGGUUAUAUGGAUGAGGCAGGCUAUCUGUAUGUCACAGGCCGCAGUAAAGAAGUCAUCAAUCGUGGCGGAGAAAUUAUUUCGCCUAUAGAAGUUGACGAUGCUCUCCUGUCCGCAGCAGGUGACGCGUCAACCAUCCUGUUUCGACGCAUAACAGAAGCUCUUGCCUUUUCCAUGCCUCAUGAGGUGUUCCAAGAGGUGGUAGGGGUCGUGAUAGUCACAGCCCCGGGAGAGAAGCGGCCAGACCUUCGCCAACUCCAAGAAGGUUUGAAAGGCCGCCUCGAGCAACCCAAGUGGCCUACAAUUGUGGUUUACAUGGACCAGGUUCCAAAGAUUGGGAACAAACUUUGUCGUAUCGGGCUGAGCGACCGACUUGGCCUAGAAAUGCUCACAGAUAAAACACCUACGGCUCAAUGCCACUAUGAAGGGCGAUUUUCCCAGUCGGGGACCUCAGUAAGGAGAUGUUCAAUAUGUCCCGAGUUAGUGAAAGCUCGAAUUAAGCAGGUUUCCGGAGUAUCUGAUGUUCUUAUACGGCCGAACCCCUUGGAUGGGUUUCUUCAUGCUAUUCUCUUCGAUAGCCCAUCGCAUUUUAUGCCGCCUGAAAACAUUAUCACCAGUUUCCAAACCCGUCUGGAUGGAUACCUUAUACCAAGCAGCAUCAGGGUUCUUGAAGGGCCUAUACCACGAAAGGACGAUGGAUCUAUUGAUAACGCUAUGGUAGAUGCUCUAGUGCAAGCUACGAAUGAUGCCUCCCUAUCCCCUACUGAACGUCGUGUCUGCGGUUUGUUCUUUGAAGUGCUUCAAUGCCCCGCGACUAGCCUGGGCUCGACAAGUGAAUUUUUCAGCUGCGGUGGUGACAGUAUGACAGCUGGUCGUCUAGUCUCUCGGCUCCGCCAGGAUUUCCGUAUCCACCUCCCGGCCGACAUGGUAUUCCGGCACAGCACCGUUGGCGAGAUCAGCGACCUCAUUGAUACGGCCGGCGCUGAAGCAGCAUCCAAAGAAGCAGGACCACAGGAAUAUCCCGGCUGUCGCGAAACUUACUGUUCUACUAAUCCAAUUGUACUGAUGCUUAACCUGCUCCCCAUCGGCAUUUUCUAUCCAAUGCUCCAAUCCCUCAAUUGGACGCUAUUUAUUUACCUGAUGUCCGAAACCUCAUCACGUUGGCCGCUUCGUGGCUCUCUCAUGGGCCGCUUGCUCCAUAUUGUCUUAGCCAGACUGGCAAUACAACUUUUCGUGGGCAUCUUUUGUCCACUCCUAGGAAUUGUGUUCAAAUGGCUGGUUAUUGGUCGCUACCGUGCUGGGAUGUAUCCGAUGUGGGGACCAUAUCAUAUGCGCUGGUGGUUGACAGAAAGCACUCCAAGUGGUUUCUUCAACGGACACUACUGGAGCCGAGUGCUGUAUUAUCGAGCCUUAAGCGUACGAAUUGGCAGCAAUGUCCAGCGCAACACGUCUAUGCUACUACAGCCUAUUCAGAUCGGUGCUUACUGCACCGUUGGCUUACGGGCGGUCCUCGCACCGGGUUGUAGCCUUGCGCCAGGAACAUGCCUCGGUCCUAAUACUUCUAGCUGGGAGACAAAGGAUGCAGGGGAAUUCAACCGGGACUUGGCACUUCUAGUAGGGCUUGCCGAGAGGUUGCCAAUGCUAGCCGGAAUUAUCCUCCUCGUCAACCAGCACCCAAAUCCGAUGGAGGAAGAUACUUUUAAGCGCCAGGUAUUUUGGUUCGCUGAUUCAGCCCGACUGGGCCAAUAUAUCCUUGUGAAAGCGUACGGUGCCGUCGUGGGACCUUUCGCUUGGUUUCUAGCCGUGCUUUUCGUCAAAGGGGUACUUGAUGUGUUCUGUGGACGCCCACGGCCUGGCCCUUACAAACAUAUGUCCCAGCGCCAGAAGCUGAGGAGUGCGGUUCUCGAUCGUGUCUUUCCGAGGGGUGAUCUCAGUCGACUCACUCGUAUCAUCGGAACACAUUAUGAGCCAUUCUCUAUUAUCGUGCGAAUGCUUGGCGGUCGUAUUGGUGAGCGCAUUUACUGGCCCAUCUGUGAACUGACCAUGAUUGAAGAUUACGAUAUGCUAGAGAUAGGCAACGAUGUGGUGUUUGGCUCCCGGUCCUCUAUGAUGACGGCGGAUGGGAUUGGAAGAGGGCGCAUUGUUAUCGGGGACGGAGCAUUCGUGGGGGACCGUGUCGUUGCUCUUCCGGGAGUCACAGUCGGCAAGCGCACGACGUUGGGGUCCGGAGCUUUGCUACGUCGUGAUGGAGAAUAUCCCGAUGAUACGGCCUGGGCGGGGAGUAGACAUGGUGAUGAGCUGAGGCCUCGUCGCAAUCACAACCGACGAGUUGGGAAUACAUCUGAGAAACACAGUAUUCAUGACGAUGACACUAGCACACCAUUUGGGAGGGCAUUCUAUGAGGGCCAGGCAAACUACCACGUUUUGGCCAUUGUGGUAGCGGUGUAUCCUACGGUCAGUGUCUUGACUGGUCUCCUAGUCGUCCGUCGUCUGCUCCGGAUAGGCUUCUCUGGAUUGGAGGCAAACUGGUGGCGCCCUCUCUCCUUCUACGGGAUCUUUACUUUAGUAAUAGCAGUGAUGGUUCUCCUACAAACCCUUGCAGUCGUGGGGAUUACCAUCGCUGCUAAAUGGAUGCCCUUGGGACAGCGGAGGGAAGGGUAUUAUCCCUGGGAUAUGAGCAGCUAUUCCCAGCGCUGGCAGAUUAUGCUCGCGAUCCAAGAACUCAUCGAUCAAUAUCCCGGGAACAUUGGAGUCUUAACCCUCAUCUCUGGCACCGCAUAUCUGCCAGUCUUCUAUCGGGCAAUGGGAGCAACUGUGGUAGUUCCUGGUUACACCUCAUUUAUGAGGCCUCUAGAUGAGUGUGACAGGUAG